AUGGCAUCGAAUCUACGGCUUCAGCCACGGCGGGAAUACCACAUCGUCGUGCUGGGCGCUGCGCAGUUCGUCUCAAACAUGUGGAUUGAAAAUUAUGAUCCCACGAUCGAAGAUUCGUACCGUAAACACCUUGAAGUUGAUGGCCGACAUUGCCUCUUAGAAAUCUUAGACACUGCUGGAACAGAACAAUUCAUAUUUUCGAUCACGAGCAUGUCCUCCCUCGAGGAACUAGCCGAACUCCGAGAACAGAUCAUUCGCAUCAAAGACGACGAGAACGUCCCCAUCGUGAUCGUGGGAAACAAGUCUGACCUAGAAGAAGACCGUGCAGUGUCGCGGUCAAAGGCAUUCCAGCUCUCGCAGCAAUGGGGUAAUGCCCCAUAUUACGAAACAUCUGCCCGGAGGAGAGCCAAUGUUGAUGAAGCUUUCAUUGAUCUCUGCCGUCAAAUCAUACGAAGAGAUAUCCAAUCAACGAAAGAUCGAAACCGAGAUCAGGCUUCGGGGAGGGGGAAAGAUGGCCACAAACGAAGUAAGAAGCCAAACAGGAAAAAGGGGAAGCGGCCCGACUGCGUCAUCCUUUGA